UUGUACUUCACUAGAAUAUUUUUGCGAUCGAGGAUUUUUGAAUUACUUCGCAUCUAUAAAAUUAUUAAUUAUUAAAUUUUUUUAAUUAUAAGUAAUAAUUUUUAAUUAAAAUGGCAUCUUUGUUGUCCCGUGCAGCACUGUUGACAGAAGUUUGUUCAAGAAAUGGACAAAAGAUCCUUGGUCUUGCAACUGCUGGUCAAAGACGUAAUUUAAAUGUCCAAGAACAUGUUUCAUACACUUUACUUAAUGAAGCUCAUAUUCCAACACCAAAGUUUGGUGUUGCAAAGUCGGCUAAAGAUUGUGAAGAUAUUGCAAAAAAAUUAAAUACAAAUAACCUGGUUUUAAAAGCUCAAGUUUUAGCUGGUGGACGUGGUAAAGGUCACUUUAAAAAUGGUCUUAAAGGUGGUGUUCGUGUUAUUAAUACACCGGAUGAAGCUCGUGAUAUUGGAGGAAAAAUGAUUAAUCAAUUGCUAGUAACAAAACAGACUGGAUCCGCAGGCAGAAUUUGCAAUUCUGUAAUGGUAGCUGAAAGAAAAUUUCCACGCAGAGAGUUUUAUUUUGCUGUAAUGAUGGAAAGAGCAUUUAAUGGUCCCGUAAUUAUCGCAUCAUCGCAAGGUGGUGUUAAUAUUGAAGAAGUUGCUGCUGAAAACCCCCAAGCAAUUUUAUAUGAACCAGUUGACAUUGAAAAAGGUUUAACAAAACAACAAGCUCUUGAAAUUGCAAAAAAAGUUGGACUAGCAGAACAUGCUGAAAAAACCGCAGAAAUGUUAUUAAACAUGUAUGCUUUAUUCGUUAAAAAAGAUGCUCUCCUUAUUGAAAUCAAUCCAUAUGCUGAAGAUGCAAUUGAAGGCUUCUAUGCCCUUGAUGCUAAAUUCCGUUUUGAUGAUAAUGCUGAGUUUAGACAAAAAGAGUUGUUUGCUCUUAGAGAUUGGACACAAGAAGAUCCAAAAGAAGUUGAAGCUGCAAAAUAUGACUUGAAUUAUAUUACUUUGGAUGGUACAAUUGGAUGCAUGGUUAAUGGUGCAGGAUUGGCCAUGGCAACAAUGGACAUUAUUAAAUUACAUGGAGGUGAUCCAGCUAAUUUCUUAGAUGUUGGUGGUGGGGCCACUGCUUCUGCUGUAAAAGAAGCAUUCAAAAUUAUUACUGCUGAUCCAAAAGUCCAUGCUAUCUUAGUUAAUAUCUUUGGUGGAAUUAUGCGUUGUGAUGUUAUUGCGGAGGGUAUUAUUGCAGCUGCAAAAGAUUUAAAUCUAAGAAUUCCAAUCGUUUGCAGAUUACAAGGAACAAAAGUGAAUGAAGCAAGAGAAUUGAUUAAAAAAUCAAAUAUGAAAAUUUUACCUCGUAAUGAUUUAGAUGAAGCGGCUAAUUUAGCAGUUCAUUUAGCACAAAUUGUUCAAUUGGCACGUGAAGUUAAUAUGGAUGUCAACUUUGAGAUUCCAGAACAUGUUUUUUGAAAGUAAAUUAAUAACUUAGUUAGAAAAAGUUAUUUGAAGAAAGAACAAAAGAAAAACUAAAUAAUUAUAUAAAGAACGAAUAUUUGAGAGGGAGAACCAAAUUUAUACAUGAUGAAAAUUGAUUCAAUUUUAAUAUGACAUUAAAUAUAUUUUUUGUAUAUUUGCACUAUAUUUCUACUCCAUUUUUUUUCCAAAAAGGUGGAUUUUUCGCGGCAAAAUUAAAAUUUUAAAAAUAAAGCAGUUACUAUAGGAAUAAAAAACGUCAUUGUGUAGAUAAUAUUAUAAAUUAGAAUUAAAUUAUUCAAUAUUCACUAAACAAUAUUGUAAAUCAUUAAGCAAAAAAUCAUAAAUUUUUCUGUAAUUUUUAAGUAGAAAGUAAAUUGAUGUUGUAGGUUCUCUAAUCAACUUUAAAUAGGAAAAAAAUUUAAUCUUAAUAUUUUAUAAUUUAAUUUAUUAAUCUUUCUAAAUUAAAAAGUUGUUCAUAUAAAAAUUUUAUAAGUAAUUCAAAAGAUUACAAUAAUUAUUUAAGUACUUCCUUCUUAAAUAAUUUAGAAAGAUUUGCUGUACGAAUUAUCAAAAAAAAAUUAUUGAUAAUUUUAUGUCUUUAAAAUUGGCCUGUAGAAUUUGCUGUUAACCAUUUAUAACUAUUGUUUUUAUUUUAAAUAAAUGUAUUAUUUGUAUACAUAAAAUAAAA